UCUGACAUCUCUUCCCCGCACAGGAAGAACAAUGACAACAGCUCUCGGAAACGUUUCAUUCAUUAUAGUGUGUUUCCAAGGUGAACCUUCGAUUAAACAACAGUUAUGUCAUCGUUCGUUAAUUAGACUUAGCAUAUUACCAGAGCAAUGAUAUAAUUUUGCGAGUAGCAGAAAAGGACAAUAUCGUGAUACAUCGAUAAGAACUUAUUGUUGUGCGUUUGGCGAGACGAAAGGGGUGAUGGUUCCGUUAAAUAAUUAAGUUCUGAGCUUAUUUUAAUAUUCAUUAACUGCCAACUUGUAUUAAUGUGAGCGCUGUAGAGUUAGAUUUUCGAUUCGAAGUUUUUUGUGAAAUACGCAUAUUUAAAAUAAAUAAAUUAAUUUAUUAAAUGUCAGUAUUUUGUGCUUUUAAAUGCAAUUUAUUUUGAAUCCUGAUGAACAUAACAAAUAAAGGUGCUAAUAUUAAGAUUAUUUGUAAGACAAAUAUAAAUAUAUACUUAAAAGCUACAAUUUUUUUAAAAAAAAUAUUUUUUAUUUGUUGGAUGAAAGCACAUGUUAUUUAAUACAGGAUAAAAUCAUACCAAUAAAUUUUAUGAAACUUGAUAUUUUUAAUUCUUUUUCGAGGCAGUGAUUUAUGUCAAUUUUCCAAUAGGAAUUAGAAAAAUAAUUUAAAAACAAUAGUUUUUGAAUGAUUUUAGAUUUACUUAAUAGAUUCCACUUAUUAUAAGAAGGAGCUUACUAUUUAUGGAACUAUGCAGUUAAUGCCAAAGGUUUAAAAAAAAUUGUAUUGUAAAGAAAUAAAUCGAAAAAGAAUCAGCUGUCAGUUCGGAGAUUUUUUUUAUUUUUGCAUUUCUCAUUAAACAAUUACACGAGAUUUCCUUGUUUCAUUUUCGUGCAAUUCUGUCUCAAAGAAAUGAAAAAAAUUGAUAAACUGCGGAAUCCGUCCUUGAUAUGGCCAAUGGCAUUAUCACAGAUAGGAAAUUAAUUAACUUGUAAGAAAAAUAAAAGAAUUUUUUUUUUCAUUACUCUAUGAUAAAAUGACUGGAAACGCAAAGAAAUGACAGGAAAUAAAAGAAAGAAGGACUCGGAAAUGCCGAAAGAAUCGGUGAUAAGCGCAGAAUCUUGGAAUGCACCGGAUGGUGGUUGGGGUUGGAUGGUACUACUUGGUACCAUGACUGUGAAUAUUGUUGUGAUUGGACAUGGAAAAAGUUUUGGAGUUUAUUUUAAAAAUUUAAUGGAAGAAUUUGAUGCAACACCAUCUAGAGUUGCCUGGUUGCAAUCUUUGCAAAUAUCCAUGUUCAGCUUUUUAUCACCAGUAGCAAGUGUACUAGCUCAAUCCAUUGGACCACGAAGAGUUGCGAUUUUUGGAGGUCUUCUUGGAUUUUUUGGAUUGACCAUGUCCUCCUUUGCUCCAAGUCUCGAAUAUCUUUAUAUUUCUUACGGAGUUCUUCAAGGUAUAGCAUUGACUUGUACUUUCACUCCUGGUAUUACAAUGAUAGCCAAAUAUUUCUACCAAAAAAGAGGUUUAGCCAAUGGACUUACAAUGGCUGGUAAUGCCAUAGGUGGUAUAAUUCUACCAUUGAUUGCCACUGAACUUAUUUCCGUAUAUUCUGUUCGAGGUUGUUUUCUUAUAAUGGGAGGUCUGAUUCUUCAUUCUUGUGUUGGAGCGUCAUUAUGGCAACCAGUUGAGUGGCAUCAAAAGCAUCUGCCAACAAUAGUUCCUAGUAUAAAAGACAAUUCUGAAAUAGAACCACUUCAAGCAGAAGACUCUUGUGGAGAAGACACACUUUGUUCAGAUGAGGAAUAUAGAGAUAAUUCUAUUCAAGAUGAUAUUCCUAAUAAAGAUAUGUUAAGUGAAAAUAUUCACUUUGAGUCAGGACUUGAUUUAUCUUUGGACAAUUCACUUGCUUUAAAAUUAAAUAGCCCAGAAAUUGUAAUUGGUAGAAAGAACAGUGAACUAUAUUCUUCUGGACCUAACAUGCACAUAAGUGCUUUUUCUCCUAAAACUUUAAAUGAUCGAUUAGUGAGAGGUGGAUCUUCUCCUCAUUUAGCAGAUAUUUCAAGAAAAAAUGAUCGAACUUAUAAUUCUUCUGUAAGCACAGAAUCCUUGCCAAAUUUAUUAGGCUUAAAUCCUAAGCUUCUGAACUCGAGAGCCUCAUCCUUUAUGUACUUGAGCUCAUACAGUUUUGGUCCUACUACUGGUGCAAUUCUAACUAAAGAACACUUUACUAGCGCUGACUCUAGUGAGACUCUUGAAAAAACAUGUGAUGUUGCGAAGCCAAAGAAGUGGAAAUUCUCACCUUGCCUUAAGAAACUGAACAUUGAUAAAUCAAUAUUUGAAAAUAGCCGAUUUUACAUAAUGACGGUGACAUUGUUUUUUCAUGCCCUUGGGUAUCCAGGAACUCAAAUUUUCCUUCCAUAUCGUGCUACAACUCUUGGUCUUUCUCAAGGUGAAGCUGCAUCUUUAUUGUCUGUUUUAGCUUUUACUGAUCUUAUCGGCCGAAUAUUCUGUGCCUGGAUAUCUGACUUUCAGUUUUGUCCUAGAAAAUAUUAUUUCAUCGGAGGCCUUCUUAUGUCGGGAGCUUUUGCUUUUACUUUACCAUUUUGCAAAACUUACAUCACUCUAAUGGCUGCAACUUCUGCCUUAGGAUUUUGCUGUGGUGCCUAUAUUGGCCUGGUAGUAGUUAUGUUUGCUGAUGCUUAUAGUCCAGAAAAAGUAGCACUGGCUUAUAGUAUAUCAGUAGUAUCUGGAGGAUUCAUGUCUUUAAGUGGCCCACCUCUCAUGGGAUAUGUCUUGGAGACAACAAGCAGUUAUUUAAUAUGCCAAAUCAUACUUGGUUCUGCCCAAGUUGCUGCAGCUUCUGUUUGGCUCGCAGAACCAUGGUUUCUUCGAUGGGAGAAAAGGCGCAAAGCUGAGCGAGAGAGUGCCAAUUCACCUGAAAAACAACAACUUGUUUAAAAUCUGUGAGAAAAAUAACAAGCAGGUGGAUUGCAUCCUGAAGAGCAAUCUCUUGAUCGUAGUUCUUGAUAGACAACGAGAAGAAUUACAGAGUGAUUAGUUUAAAAAUAUAAAAC